AUGGCAUACAACUACACGUACGGUGACCAUGGACAUUAUUCGACAGCGCCAACAACGCCGACGACGUACGCAAGCCCUUGGAGCGAGCAAGACCAAACACUCGACCCGCAGCAGCCUCCGGCCUACCAACCGCCGCAGACGGUACAACUCGAAGAGACUGUUCCUGUUGCACCUAGUCAGUCGCGAUACGGCGGGUAUAGUGCUGAGACCAGCCAUGCUGGUAGACCAACAUAUUCUGCGCCUGGCGGUGAUACCGCUGGUGUCGCGUCAGAGGACGCCAGGAUGCGUCUUGGCUUAGACACGACGCGUCCUAGAACAACCCUGCCUGUGAGGACGUCGCCGCGCGGCAGACAUGCCACGCAGGUGUCCCACCCUUAUAGACGGCCGUCGCACGCUCAAGGCGGCGCGACGGAGACAGCGUCUGGCAGUGGUAGCAGAGCUCAAGCUCGUCGUUUAACUGACGAUCUGAGGAGUCUUGCUGUGGGGCUUACGCCCGGGUCUACUACUACUGUGUCGUGCCCCGCGCAGGGUCGCCGCCCGAAUACAGCCUCGUCUGGUAUUACUUCUGGUUAUCGAGCAGCGAGUUCGCCUCUUGCCACAACAGCGCCAUCUGUCGGAGAAGAUGCCCAACCUCAGCAACAGCUUUUGGAUGGUGCUACAGGGAAACGGUGGAACAUUCGAACCGACGUACACUUCAACGCAGAGAACAACACGAUGACCGCCAUGUUCGAGAUACCCGGCAUACAAAAGUCUGACCUGACAAUAACGCUGGCAAGGUGCCCGUACAGCAGAGUGAAGCAAGUCACAGUCAGAGGUAUAUCUAAGUCAGUUUUGCCCGACGACGCAGCAACAGACGGAUUUUUCACCACCCGCGAACGAAAGCACGGUGAAUUCAAAAGGACACUCGUGGUUCCACACGAUGCUCAGGCCAGCUCUAUACGGGCACAGCUGAAGGAUGGCAUCCUCAUUCUUCAAGUACCAGGUGGUACCCCAGCAGAGCCAUUCGACCCAGAAGCUAUCAAUAUUCAUUGA